AUUUUCCAUCUUAUUUUAUCUCCUCAUAACUACCUCCAAAAUUUACCGCCAUAUACACUGUGGUGCCCUUGAACUCCCGGAGAAGAAGAACGAAUUACGAAAUACACCGGUAUCUCUUUCCCAUCGCCCCAACCAAACACAAGGAUGGAGAUACCAAACAAAUAUGUGAAUUCCGAUAGUGAAGAUGAGAACAAUGACUCGAAUGAGGAAGAUUGGUUAGAUGAUGAGAAACGGUUUUUACUACUAUGUGGUUUAGUCAUCAAAGGGGUGAUGGUAGUACAUAAUAUGAUGAAUAUCCCACGUAUCCCUUGUCACACUUCCUGUCGUACAGGAAAUAUUUUUAUUCAAGAAAUACUCAAUGGUCAUCCUAGACGUUGUUAUGAAGAUUUCAGGUUACAUGUUGAUGUUUUCAAGAGCUUAUGUUCGGAUCUUAGAAUGCACUACAACCUAAAGGAGACACGUAAUGUAUCUAUUGAAGAGUCUGUUGGUAUUUUUUUGUUGAUAUUAGCACACGAAUGUGGAAAUAGACUAGCUCAAGAAAUUUUCAAUCAUUCAGGGGAAACUAUUCAUAGACAUUUCCAUCGUGUUUUAAGAGCGGUGCUUAAGCUUAGCGGGGACAUCAUCAUGCCUAAAGCAAACUAUAACGAUGAAGUACCUCGACAACUCUUAAACAACUCUCGGUAUUACCCCAUGUUCAAGGAUUGCAUUGGUGCUAUUGAUGGGACACAUGUUAAGGCAUCAGUUCGAGAGCAUGAACAAGCAAAAUAUAUUGGUAGAAAAGGAUAUGCAACCCAAAAUAUCAUGGCAGCAUGUGAUUUUAAUAUGUGUUUUACAUUUGCAUGGGCGGGAUGGGAAGGCACUGCACAUGACACAAGAAUAUUUUUAGAAGCAUUACGUAAGCCAGAGGUGAAAUUUCCUCGUCCAACGGGUGAUAAGUAUUAUGUUGUUGAUGCCGGGUACCCAAAUACCAGAGGCUAUCUUGCUCCAUAUAAAGGAAAUGAUGUUCGUUAUCAUAUACCUGAUUUUCGUCGAGGUCAAACAGCUGCCCAACGCGCUCCGAAAGGACUAAAAGAGACAUUUAACUACUAUCACUCAUCUUUAAGAAAUGUGAUCGAAAGGACAUUUGGAGUAUGGAAGGCAAGGUGGGCAAUAUUAAAAGAUAUGCAUGUUAAUUACUCUUAUGAAACACAGGUCGACAUUGUGAUAGCAUCCAUGGCAAUUCACAACUACAUUAGGAUGAAAGGUCAUUUUGAUGAAGCAUUUAACAAAGCACAACAAGAAAGUUAUCGUCCAAGUCGAGAUGUUGAAGGUAAUACAUCCAUUAGAAUUAAUGGAGCACAAGAAGACAUAACUACACGUCGUAGGCAAGACGAUAUGUAUAUGAGUUCGGUAAGAGAGAGAAUUGCAAAAAAUAUUAUGCAAUCCAUUUGAAUGUUCAUCUGUUGCAAUUGCGGUACUAAUGCAAAAUAGUGAAUAAUUUGUUUACUUACCUUGCACCGAAAUCAUAUGGCGUAGCGAUUGAACUGGA